AUGCGGAAUGGCCAUUGUCGGGACUCCAAGGGCUGGGUGCCAGGAGGCAACAACAUGUGGUUGAACAACACCGCGAUUAACUGUCGCAAGAUGAUCAACCAUUGCGAUACCCCUUACCAGGACGUCAAUAGCCCAGAUGAUCAUGGUCACGCAGCGGCUGCCGGAAGCAGCAAGGCUGUGACUGGGUACCUCACUUUGUACGCGAACAAUCAUCUCAAAGGCAGGACCGUCAAGGGUGGUGAUGAGGACUUUCCGGAAAGUUGGAUGAUGAACGGUUACUGUGAGGACGCCUCACCCAUGGAUAGCAACGCGAACGCGGCGACCGAGUCCGGCAUCUGCAAAGACCGUCUUCAAUUCGCCUUCCAGCACAGCAUGUCAGCGCCAAUUGCACCAACCCCAAAAAACAAGCCAAGUACCGCCGGAGCCGCCGGGUACUCCUCCCACCCAUCCAUGGCAUUCUCAUGCCAGACAUGCGCCCGUCGCAAGGUCAAGUGCGAUAAGUCGACACCCCUAUGCUCCAGCUGUCGAAAAGGCAGGCUAGAAUGCAUCUACGAAGCUCCGGCGCCCCGUGCGCGGAAGCGGAAGCCAGGUGAGGCGGGUGCUGAUGACGUUUACGAGAGGCUGGCGCGGUACGAGCGCGUGCUACGCCGACACGGCCUGCUGGAAACUGCUGGCGCGUCGCCUGCAGCUGAGAAGGACGUGGAGGCGGCCGAGGACCCGAUCUUCCCACUCUGGAAUCUUCCGUCUGGCAAGCUUGUUGUCGGUCAAGGGAAAUCGAGGUAUGUCAACAGCCACCUAUGGCGCAACCUUGGGGACGACGAGAUGGAGCGCAUGGGCGAUGAGCAUGCCGCUCAUCAUGAUGACGAUGACGACGCGGCGGACGAAGAAGAUGGGGCCGUGGGCAUCGUUGAGGGCCCUGCAUCUGAUCCUUUGACGGGAGCAUUCCUGGGCGGACAACAUCGCGAUCUCCUCAAGCAUCACCCAACCCAUGCAGAGGCCAUGAUCUUGUGGGCGAUAUAUGUGGAUAAUGUCGAGCCUCUACUGAAAGUACUGCACGUUCCUUCAGUGGCCAAGACGAUAGACACUCUUUCGAAACAACUGGGACAGGCAAACAAAGCUGACGAAUGCCUCGUCUUUGCCAUCUACCACUUUGCGAUCGUGUCCAUGUCGGACGAAGAAUGCCUCCGAAAGCUGGGGUCGACCUCACGCGAGGUCCUGCUUCAGCGCUACAACCUAGCAACACGCCAGGCUCUCGUCAACGCAUCUUUCCUCAGCACAACAGCCAUGACCGUGUUGCAGGCCCUUGUUCUCCAUCUCGUCUGCUGUCGGAAUGAGUACGAUCCCCACACGUUCUGGAUCCUGACCGGCGUCGCGACCCGGAUUGCCCAGCGAAUGGGGUUGCACCGCGAUGGGGAGGUGCAGGGCCUCUCGCCGUUUGACGUACAGAUGCGACGACGGCUAUUCUUCCAGAUUCUCCCGCUCGAUGGCGCAUCCAGCCGUAUGGCGGGCGUGGGCGUGUCGAUUCCCGACGACUGGGACACUCGGCAGCCACUCAACAUUGACGACGAACAGAUUUGGCCGACCAUGACGGAAGCGCCAGUAGCACGAGAAGGAGCAACAGAGAUGAUGUUUUGUCUCGCGCGGUCGUCUCUUGGAUCCUUCAUCGCGAAACCAGGGAAAUCAGUGGAUGCGUCAAAGCAUCUGGAUGACCGAGCCCGCGAGUGGGCGAUCGAGGAAGCAGAAAAGGAGGUCGAGGAGCGUUACAUUCGCUACUGCGAUUUCGUGAACCCGCUUCACAUGUUGACCAUCAGCUCUGCGCGAGCUGGGAUCACGGCUAUGAGGCUGCGGAUUCGCUUACAAAAGGUUAAGAACCAAAACGCAACGCCUUUGGAGCGCGUGGACCUUUUCAGACUUGCACAGAGAAUCCUUGACACAGAUGCAGCGGUCCUGGCGCAUGCCAGCCUAGACCGAUUUCGAUGGCACACAAGAUGGUUUUUCUUAUGGGGGACGUGGGACUCCCUUGUCUACAUUUUGAUGACACUGUGGCAGAGAUGUGAACUACUUUCGGACCAGGAAAGAGACGACGCCUGGGACAAGCUGGAAGAGCUAUGCCGCAACCACACCGAGUUGGCCCAACCGGAACGAGCGUUGUAUUUGUCAUUCGGGCGACUUUUUGUCAAAGCGUGGGAUGCUUGCCAUGAUCCCUUGAUCAAUUACAAGUCGGAGCCAGUUUUCAUCUCGACAUUGCGAUGCUAUUGCGCGGCUGGCUCUUCGCAUGCCUCCAAGAAACAAAAACAGAAGAUUGAGAACCCCACAUCGACUGGUUCUGGAAACUCUUCCGAGUCUGUAGACUGGCUCGAGACCACUCAUGAAGAUGAUCCUCCACAGUUCUUAAUGAUUCAACCGUUGGCUGACGCCCAUGCCGAUAAAGGUUUCGAUGAGGCGGACUGGAUGCUCUGGGAUCAACUCAUCCGGGAUUACCAGAUUCAGAGUUCAACUGGACCAGAUGAGAAGGAGGGAGACUUACUUGAAAAAGGCUUGUGA